UCCCAACUCACCUGUGUUAUUCAUGCCUCGUGCCUUGGUCGAGUUUGACAGGUUAUGUUGUUCCCGGAAGCGUAAUAAGUAAAGCAAUUUGAAAUAUAUCAGUUUUAAUGUUAAUUAAAGAGAAAUGUCUCAUGAGAAACCGUGCCGAACGUGUAUGGAUUUCAAAUCGUGGGCUAAAAUUCAGAAACAAACAUUCGACUCGGAAAAAGAAUCCGAAAAACAGGGAAAAGACGACAAUGUAGCUACUGCGGCGACCAAUAGGGAAAAUUGUCCUUUAGACAAGGAUGAACUGGGCUCGAAAACUUGGUCAUUUCUACACACAAUGGCAGCUUAUUAUCCCGAUACCCCUACGAGUGAACAGAAAACUGACAUGAAAUCAUUUUUUUACACAUUCUCAGAAUUUUAUCCUUGCACCGCUUGUGCGGAGGAUUUAAGGAAACAACUAAAAGUUUCCCCACCUCAAACUAACUCGCAAUAUCAACUUAGCCAAUGGCUUUGUUCGAUACAUAACGAGGUUAAUAAGAAACUUGGAAAACCAGAAUUUGAUUGUAAACUAGUAAAUCAAAGGUGGAGAGAUGGAUGGUUGGACGGCUCGUGCGAUUGACACGGGUAAAGACAGUAGUUUGUUACAAGUAGCUAACAAGAUAUAAUUAUUAAAUCAUUUAUAGUUUAAUUACAAAAUUAAUAAGAGUAGUUUAUUUAAAAAUGGAAAUGAAAGAUGCACUUCAUUUCCCAGGGGUCUUCCAUUGUACGAAUGGGAUUUGUACCUUUAGAAAUUGUUCCCAGCAGAGAACGAUACACUGUAUAAAUAAAUAAGGCACUGCAGGUCAUCUUGCAAGUAGUUAGGAAACAUUGUAAAAUAGUUGUAAAAAUGAUGACUAGCAUAUAUGCGUUAAAUUUUUAGCUGGAUGAAAUAGGAAUCGUAGACUGUGGUUGCAGUACAGUAAAUAAAGUAGCGGUAGAUCGUG